CAUGAUCAAGUUACAAAUUUGAACAAGACAAUGAUAAAAAUAAUCAAUCCAUUGUUCUUUCUGUGUUUGAUAACUAGCAUUAUUGGCAACAAGGUUGAUGGUAUGCAUAGUGCGUUAGAUGAAGAUUAUGAGAGACAUCUUAAUCUCAUUAACAAGGCUCGUGUCACCAGUAUUCAGACAAAGUCGGGAAACAUAGUUGAUUGUGUUGAUAUUAACAAACAACCAGCUUUUGAUCAUCCUUUACUAAAAAAUCAGACGUUACAGAUAAAAUCAAGUAUAAAGAUUUCACCAACUAAAUCCAUAUAUGGACUUGAGAAAGUAAGGUGUCCAAAAGGAACCGUCCCUAUUCAGAGAAUAACUAAAGAUGAUCUAAUUCGAGGAAAAUCUUUAUUCAAUGAAAUUAGUCAGCUAACUGAUAAUGGUGUCGUUACCCACUCUGCUCAUGUGUAUCUUCAAUAUAAGUUUAGUCCUUACUAUGGAGUUACUGGAAUUGGUAGUGUUUAUAAUCCGAAAGUUGUUAAUGGUCAAUCAAGCGCAGGUCACGUGUUUGUUUCAGGAGAUGGUAUGAAUAAAAUCUACGCUGGAUGGCAUGUAUCUCCAAAGUUAUACAAUGACGAUAAAACUCAUUUAUACAUACUAUGGACUCCAGAUAAUUUCAAGUCUGGAUGCUACAAUUUGUUGUGCUCGGGUUUCAUCCAGACAGACGAGACGUAUCACAUUGGAGCACCUAUAGCUAAAACAUCUACAUAUGGAGGAGAAAUGGUUGAGAUGCCAAUUUCUAUUUAUAAGGAUGAACAUGACAAUUGGGUGGUGCGUUUGGUAGAUAGGGAUAUUGGACACUUUCCAAAAGCUAUAUUCUCAAACUUUAACAUAGCCCAUCAAGUGGCAUGGGGUGGAUCAACAUCAACUCCUGCAGGUGUUGCUAGUCCUCCCAUGGGAUCAGGAGAUCGUCCUAAUGACGAUUUCAUUUAUGGAGCCUAUUUUAGGGAAGUUGGGUUUCGAGCUAUCAAUGGAGUAUAUAAUGGACCGCCAGAUGAUUUUGCAGAUACAUAUGACGACGGCCCUGGAUGUUAUGGUGUUGCAUACUAUGGAGAUCAGAAAGGAGAAGUUGGGUAUUCUCUUAUGUUUGGAGGACCCGGCGGUGCUAAUUGUAAUCGAUAAUCGUAGAGAACAGGAGUUCGUUAUUGUAUCAUAUAAAAUAAAAGAAGUUCGAGAAGGAAAAAAAUAUAUAUUUCAAUUGUUUUGUUGUUUUAACAUUUUUCUUUGCAUAAAUUUAUAUCAAAUUGUUGCACUUCAAAAAUUAAA